UCUCUGGUCCACGUCCGCGGUCCGCCAGCGACGUCGCGGCUCCUUUGUAGCUGUCUUUGGGCGGCCAGCCGUGGACUGGGGGCCCACAGAUGGCCUCCCAAUGCCAUGUCGUCCCCACCUGCAGGGCUGUUUCAUCAAAUUAUUUACCAAAAUACCCUCCCCUUCCCUAGGGUUUAUCCUCCUCCUGCACCCAAAACCUCCAUGGCCGGAGCUCCAAAUUCCGCCGCCGCCUCCGCCUCCGCCUUCCCCUUCCCCUUCCCCUCCCCACCCUUACUGCGGACCAUCUCCAUACACACCCCAAACGCCGCCGCCACCCCAUGAUCCGCCGCCACGCGGCGGCCGCGACAGCCCUUCGCGCCUACCUGCGCCGCGCCUGCUCCUCCCACGCCGCCGACCCCGACGAUCAGCUUCUUGGCCUUGUCGAGGCCCCCGAGCCGCGCCACGGAUCCCGCCUCUCACGCAAAGACUUCGCCUUUCUUCAGGAGCCCACGCCACCCCUCCCCGCCGCAGCCCUCCCGUCCCCGGAGGCCGUCCUCAUCUCCAAGGCGAUCAGAGCCUACGCCACCGACUUCGACGGCAAAGCGGAGCGAUUCCUGCGGCGGCACCGGGAAUUCCUGACCGACGCCGUGGUGGUCGCUGUGCUCCGGUCGGUGCGCGACCCGGAGCUUUGUGUCAGGUUCUUCCUUUGGGCCGAGCGGCAGGUGGGGUACAGCCACACCAGUGCCUGCUUCGACGCGCUCGCGGAGGUAUUGAGUUUUGAGGACCGUGCUAGGACCGCCGAGAGGCUGCUGAGGGAGAUUGGGGAGGAUGACCGCGAGGUGCUCGGCAGAUUGUUCAAUGUGCUUGUGCGGAAAUGCUGCCGUCAUGGAGCAUGGGCCGAGGCACUGGAGGAGCUUGGGAGGCUGAAGGAUUUUGGAUACAGGCCAUUGGGUGCGACCUACAAUGCUCUGGUGCAAGUGCUUGCAACAGCGGGGCAGGUGGACAUGGGGUUCAGGGUGCAGAAGGAGAUGUCUGAAUCGGGAUUCUGCAUGGAUAAGUUCACAAUUGGGUGCUUUGCACAAGCUUUAUGCAAAGAGGGGCGAUAUUCAGAUGCACUUGACAUAAUAGAGAGGGAGGAUUUCAAACUCGACACAGUGUUAUGCACUCAGAUGAUCAGUGGACUGAUGGAGGCCUCCCUUUUUGAUGAAGCUAUUUCAUUCCUCCACAGGAUGCGGUGCAAUUCGUGCAUUCCCAAUGUUGUCACGUACAGGACAUUGCUCUCUGGAUUUUUGAAAAAGAAGCAGCUUGGCUGGUGCAAAAGGAUAAUCAACAUGAUGAUGAAGGAGGGUUGCAAUCCAAACCCUUCCUUGUUUAAUUCACUUGUGCAUAGUUAUUGCAAUGCUGGGGAUUACCUAUAUGCAUAUAAACUUUUAAAGAAGAUGGCUGCAAGUAGUUGCCCUCCUGGCUAUGUCGUAUACAAUAUUUUUAUCGGAAGCAUCUGUGGUGGGGAGGAAUUACCAAACCCCGAAUUGUUGGAUUUGGCAGAGACAGUUUAUGAGGAGAUGCUGGCUUCUAGCUGUGUUCUUAAUAAGGUUAACACUGCCAAUUUUGCACGGUGCCUUUGUGGUGUGGGGAAGUUUGAUAAGGCAUUUCAGAUCAUUAAGGUGAUGAUGAAAAAAGGUUUUGUACCUGAUACAAGCACAUACUCUAAGGUGAUUACCUUUUUGUGUCAGGCUAUGAAGGUAGAAAAGGCUUUCCUUUUGUUCCAAGAGAUGAAGAAUGUCGGCGUUAACCCUGAUGUUUAUACGUACACAAUUUUGAUUGAUAGCUUUUGUAAGGCUGGUCUCAUUGAACAAGCGCAAAUCUGGUUUGAUGAGAUGAGGAAUUUGGGCUGCUUCCCGAAUGUUGUAACGUACACUGCAUUGCUUCAUGCUUACCUGAAAGCAAAGCAGCUAUCUCAAGCUAGUGACUUCUUUCACAGAAUGGUUGAUGCUGGCUGUCCUCCCAAUGCAAUCACGUACAGUGCUCUAAUUGAUGGCCUCUGUAAGGCAGGUGAAAUCCAAAAGGCUUGUGAAGUCUAUGCCAAAUUGAUAGGAACUUCCGGCAGUGUAGAAUCUGAAUUUUUCUUUGAAGGUGAGCACACAGACACCAUUGCUCCAAAUGUUGUUACAUAUGGAGCGCUUGUAGAUGGUUUGUGUAAGGCCCACAAAGUGGUUGAUGCUCAUGAAUUGCUAGAUGCUAUGUUAUCAACUGGGUGCGAGCCAAAUAACAUUAUAUAUGAUGCCUUGAUUGAUGGCUUUUGCAAGGUUGGGAAGAUUGAUAAUGCUCAGGAGGUAUUUCUGAGGAUGUCUAAGAGUGGUUACUUGCCUACUGUUCAUACAUACACCUCCUUAAUUGAUGCAAUGUUUAAGGACAAAAGGCUUGAUCUAGCCAUGAAAGUUCUUUCUCAGAUGUUGGAGGGUUCUUGCACUCCUAAUGUCGUCACUUACACAGCUAUGAUUGAUGGACUUUGUAGAAUAGGUGAAAGUGAAAAGGCCUUAAAGCUGCUGUCAAUGAUGGAAAAGAAGGGAUGCAGCCCAAAUGUUGUAACUUACACUGCUCUAAUAGAUGGAUUAGGAAAAUCUGGUAAAGUUGAUAUAGGCCUUCAGCUUUUUACACAAAUGAGCACACAAGGGUGUGCUCCUAAUUAUGUUACCUACAGAGUACUGAUAAACCAUUGCUGUGCUGCUGGCCUUUUGGAUGAGGCCCAUUCACUGCUUAGUGAAAUGAAGCAGACUUACUGGCCGAAAUAUUUGCAAGGAUACAGCUUCGCAGUUCAAGGCUUUAGCAAGAAGUUCAUUGCUUCUCUUGGAUUGAUGGAGGAGAUGGAGUCACAUGGCACGGUGCCAAUAGCUCCAGUUUAUGGGUUGCUCAUUGAUAACUUUGCUAAGGCUGGCAGACUGGAGAAAGCCUUGGAGUUGCAUAAACAGAUGAUUGAAGUCUCACCAUCACAAAACAUAACCAGCCAUGUUACAUAUGCUUCAUUAAUCCAGGCAUUUUGUUUGGCAUCUCAUCCUGAAGAAGCAUUUGAAUUAUAUAGUGAAAUGACGAGAAAAGGUGUUGUGCCAGAGCUAAGUGUCUUUGUUUGCCUCAUAAAAGGGCUAGUCAAAGUGAAUAAGUGGAAUGAAGCCUUGCAGUUGUGUUACAGCAUAUGUCAUGAGGGUGUAAACUGGCAGGGCAAUAACUCUUUUGAUGGAGGGUAAAGCUGUGUUGUCUUACUCCAAGUGGCAUUAUUGUCCUUAAGAGCCUAUUUUCAAUGGGGUGAUUUUGAUCCUAUGAUUUAGUUCAACUUUGGGCAGUAUUCUAAAAAGAUACCUGAACGAUGCAUCUUCCAAACAUUCCCCUAUGGAGUCAUCAAUUCUGAAGAUUGCAGUUGGAUACUUGGAUGUGAUGAGCCAGGGGACAAGGCCGAGGAUGAAAACGUGGUCAUGUGCAAGCAGCACAGAGGCUGGAUUGACUUAAAACUGUUUGUUGGCAUCUAUGACCUUCAGAAGGAUACUAUGAAGACCUUCAGAACACUGUACAUACUGAAGCUGCACUCAUGCUAGCUGGUUUAUCUUCACAUCAACAGAGGAUCAUCUCAAUAGCUACCAAGAAUAACCUCUAUAUAAUUUACUGAUGGUUACAUGAAAGCCGCAAUGUGCAGUGAAGGCAACUUUUGAAGUCCAUAAUUCCCUAUCCAGCAAUUCGAAAUGCAUCCUUCUGCUUCUAACGAAUGUUGCUCUCGUGAUAGAGCAAUAAAGAUAUUCUGUAACUACAAAAACAAACUCAAAUGUAUUACAGUUUUUCACUUUACAAAUGUAGUAGUUCUUUGAAAUUUAAACUCUGUUCACUUUGACUGUUAAAAUAUGUUGUGAUAUCCUAUCAUUGCAAAACAUUUAAACUGUUUUUGUCAGAUCAUCAAAUAUUUCACCUCCUUUUCAUUUGACAGUGUAUAUAGUCAUUGAUUUUCAGCAUGUUCCAGACUUCUAGCUUGUUUUUGUGUUUCUUUAUUCUAUUUAUUUGGAGAUAAUGCCCUUACAGUAGUUAUAUUUUGCCCAUCAACUUUGCGAAUACAGUUUCUUUUCAGGUUACUUGUUUAACUAAGCUUAUUCUGAAUUGGAUUGGUGUGGCAGUGUCUCGACAUUACCUUUUGUAGAGGUUCUUGCAACUAGAUGAGUGGAAGCAUCACUUUGAAUGCCCAAAGCAUACCAAGCCACAUUCAUUACUGAUUACCCGGUGACUGAAGAGAUUCAAAGGAAUGCAUGGCUCUUCGUACCAUUGAGUAGCUAGGGUGCUGCCCUUUGAGUUGGUAAAUGAUAUCAGUAGUGUUAUGUAUUCUUUGUUAUGUGUAUUGUAGUCGCGUCAUUUCUGAAUGCACCUGGUCACUGGUGUUCGGUUACCUAUGCUUUCUUAAAUGUAAUCUCCAAUAAGCAGCGUAUCUUUUAGUUGCUUCGAAUGACAGAAGUUUCUGCUGAUGUCUCAUGCCACUGAAUGAUUUGACUCCUUACUAAGGGGAUUGCUGGUGUGCCGUUUCAUGCCCACAGGAUGCAUUCUGCUGAACUGUUUUAUAAUGGACAUUUUAUGAAAGGAAAGAUGAAUUACAUUAGUCGAGUGUUGUAUAAGACACGUACUUCAAUGGUGUGUGAAGGCUGUGAAGCAGACUUGCGUGGUUCAUAUACGGUUAUCAGGCGAGCUGCUGAACAUAGAAAGAAAGUUGAUCAUGAUUCAGGUGCUCUUUUGUAAUAAAUCCGAGGUCUCAAGGACGAGUUACUUUUGGACACGUCACAAAUUUGUGCUAUUUCUUGAUACUAUUGGUUUUUAAA